UUGUUAUCAGGACGACUUGGUAAGCUUGGAUUAAAGAUCAACGGUGGACGAGACAGACCUUGUGUACCUGGAGAUCCGGGAAUUUUCAUAACAGCGGUCAAACGAGGCAGUGUACUGGAUAAAGCUAUUGGGCCUGGGGACAAGAUAUUGAAGAUUGAUGGUACGAAUGUGAGUAACGUUCCGUUAAGAUCCGCUUUCGAUCUAAUCAAAGCAGCAGACGGACGAGUGAGAUUUCACAUUAAAAAAGCAGAUCACUCUGAGAACGACACCUCAGAGAGGAUGCGAAAAAGGAGUGCGUGGAGAGCAGCGAGGGCUUUCUCUGCCGAGCAACUGGAAGAAUACAAAGUGGCAUUCUCUGUCUAUGACAGAGCGGGCAAAGGCAAAAUAUCCCUGAAACAAAUGAUGGAGUUAUGUCGGCAACUUGGCCAUAAUCUCACAUCCACCGAUAAAGAUGUCAUUGCCACAGAGUUUAGAUUAGGAGGGGACAGCAAAAUCUCCUUCAUGGAUUUUGUACAGAUCUUAACGAAAAUCAAGUCCUCGCAUCAAAGUGAUUCCGAUUUGUUGGAAGCAUUCGAAGUGUUCGACCGAGAGGAGAAGGGUUUCUUCCGACUCCACGAGCUUGAGGAUACUUUGACCAAAAUCCCAGGAUCCGACCUUAUCACAGAAAGUGAACUGGCGGAAAUACUCCAAUUGGCAGAUCCUGAUGGCGAUGGACAUGUCAACUUUGAAGAAUUCAAAGAUCUCAUCUUACCGCUCUUCCAGCAGUACUGAUGGACGAGCUGCAAUAUGUGUUUCACGAAACAUUGAUGGCGGAAGUCGAAAUAUCGUAAUACAAGAUAACAAACAGUAUUUUAGAAUGCUGUAAGUCGAGGUAAAGAGAACAGACAUGAAUCCAUGACCAACGUGUGAAUAAGAACGAACCAGCAUUAAAUGCAGAACUUUGGUUAAUUAUUGCAACAUGGAAAGAACAUCACGAAGAAUCAUAAUUGCCAGAAUAAUGCAACAGUCAGUGGCGAGGACCAUAUAUUAAUAUCAACAAGCUUCUUAUGUUGCAGACUUGGUUGUGUUGGAGCAAUCUCGUUCACUGUUUUCUUCAGCGUCACCUACAAAAAGUCAAGAAUAACCAAAAAAGAUACAAAGAGGGACAUAUUUUUAUACUGAGCUGCUAAUGCAGUUCCAAAACUGUGGGCUGUUUGCGGUUUUCAAGUCUUUUUUGUAAACGAAAGAGAGAUGUUUUUUUAUAGUUAACUUCACUAAAUGUAUUUAAUUUUAUUUACUUAUUUUUAUAAGAUGAAAACUUGUUUUUAUACAAAUACUGAAACGAAAAAUGCUGGGUUUUUUUCUGAAGUACAUGGUAGAGAAUAAUAUACUUCAUCAAUAUAACAAUUAGAGUUACCCUUCCCGAGUUAUUGACUGAACGAUUUUUUUUGAAAAAUAAUGGAAUAACUUUUUUAUAAAUCAGAGUUUACCGUAACUACUUGCUGUUAAUUUCUUUCCCAACCUACAAUCGUGAACAAAGGUCCUUUGGACACUUAUGUAAUGUAACGAAUUAUCUGUAUUUUACAACUUAGGUUCGAGCUAUCCUUUUAAAAACGCGUUGCUGUUCCCCCUCCCCACCCAAUACAACGUUGAAAACCAGGAGAAAUUGCAGGUACUAAUUUUCAACUUUGUAUGUUGUAUUCACGACUGACGCAGGGCAUGUGCAGAAAAGCGCCAAAAGUGCAAAUUUGCCUCAAGACUUUUUUCCACGAUUGUAAGUCUCUUGUGCAAAAAAAAUAGCUUGAAAAGCGAACAUGUGUAAUUGCCAAUGUAGGUUGAAAGGUAUAAUUCUGUUAGGGAAAAAAAACUAGUUCUGCAAUCCAUAGAUAACCUGUUUAGAUUACUAGCUGGUUUUGACUCCUUAAAUCCAUUAAACCAAAAACUGUCAAACUCUAUAUAUAAGAUGACAUAUUUUGCUCUUAAUAAGUUACUUCAAAAACCCUGUCAGGCCGAACGUGGCUAUUACUGUACAAGUUCAAUGGGAAUAAAUUUUUUUUCAGUCAUCUGACCGGUA